CCAAAGAGUGAGUUACGAUAUUCGCGAAAUUUUGAGUUGCGCGCGUUCCCGCGGGACCGUAGCAACGUGACGAAGACAAUGGGUAAACAUGGUAACUGCGAGUCCCGGAUGAAAAUUAAGAAAAGUGUCUUGCAAGAGAGCCAAGGAAUACACAACUUGCUGUAUUUCUUGGCUUUUCACCCCUAUAACUAAUCAUUUAACCCUCCAGGCUUCAGUCCGAGGUGUAAGAAAUGUCUGAAAUAUGGUGAUCAAGAGCUGUUUGCUCAGUUGCCUGCAUUGCGGUUAAACAAAGUAAGAGAAUUGAAUUUGAUUAAACUUCGCGAUAACAUCUUCGAUCCUCAAGUGAGCUAGCAACCCUCAAGAUGCAGCGUGUGAAGUACGCCGACAACGGAGUGUUCAGUUGUUCGCAGACCCGUGGCUUGCCUGGUUUACCACCGCUCCCGCCAUCUCACGAGACACCUUCUGAAUUAUACCAGAUUGUGUUGCGUCAUAGUGAACACCCACCUAUAAUGAAGGACCCUUCCUGGACACGAGCUGCGCCUUUCAAAGAGACAGCUCAUGCCAGGACACCAAGUGAAUCCAUUGCUAAUAACUACACACCAUCAGCUAACAGCUUAAAAAUAAGGAAUCUGGCAAAACUACAAACUCCAAUCAGACCACCCUCGAGAGUGCCAACUCAGCAAGCUUCAAAAGAAGCAACAUCACCCAGGAGAAGGCCAGGUGCUGGUCCUCAUGCAAGAAGCAAAUCAGAAGGAGAAAAACCCCAACUGCCACCCAGUCGCGCCAUGACUCCUGCACAACAGUUAGAUAUUAUAAGAUCUGUUGAAGCUGUGGAAAGCAUGGAUGACGAAGGAGUCUCGAAACGUGAUUUAGAGCGUUACGAAUACUACAUUUCUCAUGGAGUACCAGACCACUCCCUUGCAGCACAGGACCAGGAAGUAAUGGACAGAAUCCUGCACAAAAGAAUCCCUGAAAAGCUGACACGGAAUGCAGAACUUGAUCCACUUAUCACAAAGCUCAAGCAAGAAGUGGUUGGUGAUUAUGACUUCAGUGUUCGCAAGUCUAUCGUUGACUACAUUCUCAUGGAUCCAUGCGAGAGACAAAGACUGCACAUCAAAGAAAUACCAAAAGCUUUUCCACAGAGGACAGUCAGGGCACCUGUUCCAUGGCACAACUCUUAUCGUUCAGCAAAAGAGUCAUGCACAAAGAAUCUUUUCAUCACUAAUCCAGUGAUGAUGAAAAUUCAGAACCUCUGGUAUGACAGAUUUUCAGAGAUUAGGUUUGUUGAUGGUGACAAGCUGUUUGCAUCAGGUCUGCCUGUCACUCCUGCAGAGUUUGAAUCUCUUGUCAAACAACAGUGCACAAAGACAAGAGAAUUCCUCAAAAGAACGUGGAUUCCUGCAUGUGCUCAAAUCCUUAUUGACGAACGUCAAGAGUGGAUGCACUUGGUACCUAGCUCAGAGAGUGAUUCUACAGCUCUUGUGCAGCAGUUCUUUGCUUGUCUUGCAGCACUCAUGUCAACACAGCUUCGUAGUCUUGUAAUCAGCUCCCUUGCAGACUUUGUCAGCUUUUUAAGUUUGUACAAGGAUGGGAAUGAUUUUGGUGAGAAUUACUCAGACCUUCGAUAUGUGAUGACUGAGAUUAUGGUUGUGCAGCUGAAGGUUGAGAGUGGGAAGCUGACAUUUGAUCCUCCAUUCAGAGAACUACGAGAUAUCUUGCUGAGAUUGUUGACAGAUAUUGUUCAAAAUGCAGAGGAUCUACCAAGGGUUGAAAUUGAGUUGUUUCCUGAUAUGAAAGACAAGAGGUUGUUCCUACGCUCAGUACAUGUUGACGAAGCCCUAGUUCAGGACUACAUGGAUCAGGCAGUGGAUGUUUUUAAACUCAACACUGUGGGCCCUCAAAAAUAUCUGAACACUUACAAGAAAUAUCAGGAUUUGCUGAACAACAAGGCAGACACAGAAAUCAACACUUUCAUUCAAGAUGAGCCUGUCUUGUUAGCAUUGUCCAAGAAAAUCGAUUCUUAUCAAAACCUCUCCAAAGAGAUUGCUUCACUACACAUCACUGUUCCUCUGAAUAUGCUUUGCUUGAAUUGUGAUGUUGUCAACCAGGAGCUGUCUGCUCGUGCUGCACGUCUGGCUGACAGAAUGAUACAAUAUGUAGUGGAUCAGAACAGGGACAAGAACAGAGGACUGUGCAAAUCCUACGAUGAGAUAUCAGACAAGGUGCAAGAGAUGCCAGAUAACACAAGUGACUUGGUAGCACUGACACAGUUCUUAGAGAAUGCCAGUUCAGUCACUGUCGUCAAUUUGCAGACUGCUGUUGAUGAGGCUGGAGAGCGGCUUCUGUUCUUACUUGAUUAUGCUACUCUUCCAUAUGAAGACCUGAAGUUGAACAGCACUGUGUUUCAUUGGCCUGAGCACAUUCAGAAAAUCUUUGAACUCAGCAAAAACCGGAUUGGACACAGGAAGGACUUGGCUAUGGACGAGGUUAAGAGAAAGGUCAAGGCUUUUGAAGAUAAACUUAAUGGAUACAACAAAGAAGUUGAAGCCUUCAGGAAGAAGGAGAUUAUGGCAGCUGAUGAAAUGAAAAAGAACGUCGAGAAGCUUGAUGAACUUGAGGAUGCACUAAAGAGAGCACAGGAGGAGCUCAUCCAAGUAAAUACUGAAGAAGAAUUGUUGGAGUUUGAGGCGACACAGUUCCCGAUACUUCAAACGAUGAUUGCGUACAAAGAGCCUUACGAUAAGUUGUGGAGAACAGCGUUAUCUUUCCACAACAAAAAUGAAGCUUGGCUUAAUGGUCCAUUUACUGACAUUAACUCAGAAGAAGUCGAAGAAGAAAUUGGCAGCAUGUACAGAACAGUGUUGAAACUGACCAAAACAUUCAGUGAUGCUCCAGGACCCCGCAGAGUGGCUGACAGCGUCAAGAGCAAGGUUGACAAGUUCAAAGUUCACAUUCCGCUGUUGCAAAUUAUUUGCAAUCCUGGAUUAAGAGAACGGCAUUGGGAACAGAUGAGUGAGGUUGUUGGAUUUGACAUCAAACCUGAACCGUCAACAUCCCUCUGCAACAUGCUGGAAUACAAUCUUCACAAGUUCACAGAAAAACUUGAUGAGAUAAGUGGUGCUGCCAGUAAAGAGUUUGGUUUGGAGAAAGCCAUGGAGAAGAUGAAGGUUGAAUGGAAGGACAUGUACUUUGAAUUCACACCGUACAGAGACUCAGGCGUGUCUAUCCUGUCAGCUGUGGACGAUAUCCAAUUGUUGCUUGAUGAUCACAUUGUCAAAGCACAAACGAUGAGUGGUUCUCCAUUCAUAAAACCGUUUGAGGCAGACAUCAAGGAAUGGUGUGAAAGGCUAAUUGAAAUGCAGGAUAUCAUUGACGCUUGGCUCAAGUGUCAGGCAACAUGGUUAUACCUGGAGCCAAUUUUCAGUUCUGAGGAUAUCAUGGCACAGAUGCCAGAAGAGGGAAGAAAGUUUGGAAUUGUGGAUAGCUACUGGAAAGACAUCAUGACUGAAGCUGUUAAAGACACACAAGUUCUCGCUGCUACUGCGCAGCCUAACAUGCUGGGAAGGCUAAAUGAAUCAAAUCAACUGCUGGAGGAAAUUCAGAAGGGUCUUAAUGCUUAUCUCGAAAAGAAGCAACUGUUCUUUCCAAGGUUUUUCUUCUUGUCGAACGAUGAGUUGCUGGAGAUUUUGUCAGAAACCAAGGAUCCUCUGCGAGUUCAGCCGCAUUUGAAGAAGUGUUUUGAAGGAAUAGCAAGACUAGAGUUCACUGAAGAUCAAGAGGUUGUGGGAAUGAUCAGCGCAGAGAAUGAAACUGUACCUUUCUCCAGUAAAAUCAUCCCAGCUAAAGCUAAGGGAAUGGUGGAGAAGUGGCUGAUUCAAGUUGAAGAAGUGAUGAUCAACAGUUUGAAAAAAGUCACAGAGGAUGCAGUGAAUGCUUAUUACCAGACCCCCAGGGGCAAGUGGGUCCAGGAGUGGCCUGGGCAGAUCAUUUUGGCUUGUAGUGGUAUCUUUUGGACCUCAGAAGUGUCACAAGCGAUUUUGGAGAAAGAUGGUUUGAAGAACUAUUUAGCCAAGUCAAAUUCCCAGAUUGAGACCAUUGUGGCCCUUGUCAGAGGGAAACUGGACGCUGGUAUCAGGAUCACGCUUGGUGCACUCACUGUGAUUGACGUUCAUGCCCGUGAUGUAGUCGCAAAGAUGUACAAGGAUGGAGUAAACAGUGGCAAUGAUUUCCAGUGGCUGUCACAGCUGAGAUAUUACUUUGAAGAGAAGCAGACAAUAGUGAGGAUGAUAACAACCAGUAUCGACUAUGGCUAUGAGUAUCUCGGCAACAGUGGUCGCCUUGUCAUCACGCCUCUCACGGACAGAUGUUACAGGACACUGAUGGGCGCCAUUAAACUGAAUCUUGGCGGUGCUCCUGAGGGACCUGCUGGUACUGGCAAAACUGAAACUUGUAAAGAUCUGGCCAAGGCUGUUGCUAAACAGUGCGUGGUAUUCAACUGCUCUGAUGGACUAGACUACAAAGCCAUGGGGAAAUUCUUUAAGGGAUUAGCUCAGGCAGGAUGCUGGGCGUGCUUUGACGAGUUCAACAGAAUUGAGCUGGAGGUUUUGUCUGUGGUAGCACAACAGAUUCACACAAUUCAAAAGGCCAUUGCAGACAGGAAGCAGAAGUUUCUCUUUGAAGGAACCGAACUUGUUCUCAAUCCAACUUGUACAAUGUUUAUUACGAUGAAUCCUGGUUAUGCAGGACGACAGGAACUGCCUGACAAUCUCAAGGUUCUUUUCCGUACUGUGGCGAUGAUGGUUCCUGAUUACGCGUUAAUCAGUGAAAUUUCUCUCUAUUCCAUGGGAUUCUUAGACGCAAGAAGGUAAUGCUCACUGAAGUUUAAUUAGUGCCCUGUUGCACCUAUUGUAUAACAUUGACGGUAGAUUGUGAUAAGCGUCUUUAAAUACGCUUGUGAUAUUUAUCGCUUAUGUUGUAAAAUGCAUCAGUCUCAUUCAUCAUUAGCUGUUGCCUCGAAUGUUAUUCCAAGUCCAUGUUUUUUUAAAAUCUAUUAGUAGUUUUUGAAUCGUGUCUUAUGUAGUACUUAUAUUGGCCGAAUUUACCUGGGAGAUGAAAAGCUAAAAUAUUAUCAUAAAUAUUGUUAGUAUAAAUCUAUUAGCGCUCUAUCACGAAUUCCGUUCUCUGAUUGGCUGCGCUACUCACUA